UGCAUAAAUCAUACAUAAUACACAGAGAGAAGAGUCGCUGUGGUAUUGAAAUUGAAAACCCUCCUUAGACCUUAGACGUUAGACCCUUGUCAGGCACCCAAAGGAAAAGCAGAAACACAAACACUUCCUCUCUCAGAAGAAAACCCUCUCUCUUUCUUUCUGCCUCUUUUGAAAUUCUAAUAUUCCCUUUGCUUGUGUUCUUGGCAAAGCAUAAUAAUUUUCUCUUCUUAUUUGUUCAAAGCGUUUCUCUUUAAUCGUAUCGGAGAUAGUUUGAGAUAAAUCUUAUUAUAAUCAAUGGAGCUGCUCCGAUCCAAUUUAUCUCGUGUUCGGAUUCCAGAACCCACCAAUCGCAUCUUUAAACAUGAAUGCUGCAUCUCUUUCGACACUCCUAGAUCUGAAGGUGGGCUGUUUAUUGACAUGAACACAUUUCUUGCAUUUGGGAAGGACUGCGUUGGCUGGAACUAUGAGAAGACUGGAAACCCUGUUUAUUUGCACAUAAAACAAACGGCAAAGCUGAUUCCUGAAGAUAGACCUUCAAAAAAGCCGACUUUAUUGGCUAUAGGUAUUGAAGGGGGAUUUGACAACAAUGAACCUGACUAUGAAGAAACUCACAGUAUAGUAAUAUUGCCUGAUUAUGUUACUUUUGAAUUUCCUUCUGUUGAGUUGCCAGAGAAGGUAAGAUUGGCAGCUGAUGCCAUCUUAAUGGCUGAAGGUGCAGAACGGAAGGAACAGCUUGCUGCUUGGACAGCUGAUAAGAAGCAAAUUAGUUCAUAUGCAAUGAAUUUACAACAGAUUGACAAUGGUGUUAUUGUUCCUCCAUCUGGGUGGAAAUGUUCGAAGUGCGAUAAAAAAGAGAAUCUGUGGUUGAAUCUUACUGAUGGAAUGAUCCUUUGUGGACGGAAAAAUUGGGAUGGAAGUGGCGGCAACAACCAUGCUAUUGAACACUAUAAGGAGACAGGUUACCCUCUUGCUAUAAAGCUUGGGACAAUUACUGCUGAUCUGGAAGCAGCAGAUGUAUUUUCUUAUCCAGAGGAUGAUAGUGUUUUGGACCCACUUUUAGCACAACAUCUGGCAUUUUUUGGUAUUGAUUUUUCAUCGUUACAGAAGACUGAAAUGACAACUGCUGAAAGAGAACUUGACCAGAAUUUCAACUUUGAUUGGAACCGAAUUCAAGAAAGUGGACAGGAAUUGGAACCAAUUUUUGGACCAGGUUACACAGGACUUCGGAAUCUUGGCAACAGUUGCUACAUGGCAGCAACAAUGCAAGUUGUAUUCUCAACAAGAUCCUUUUCUUCACGAUACUAUGCCAAUCAGAGCUUAAAAACAGCAUUUCAGAUGGCUCCUGCUGAUCCAACUUUAGACUUGAAUAUGCAGUUAGCAAAACUGGGACAUGGUUUGCUAUCUGGUAGAUAUUCAAUUCCAGCAUUGGAGAAAGAUGAUAAUGCAAAUGCUGUAACCUCAACAAGCUCUAAGCAGGAAGGUAUACCCCCUCGGAUGUUCAAAGCAGUAAUUGCUGCCAGCCAUCCUGAAUUUUCUUCUAUGAGGCAACAGGAUGCACUGGAAUUCUUCCUACAUUUCCUUGACCAAGUUGAACGUGCUAAUGGUGGGAAGACUACAUUGGAUCCUUCAAGGAGUUUCAAAUUUGGUAUUGAGGAGCGUAUCUUGUGUUCAUCUGGAAUGGUAGCUUAUAAUAAAAGGCUCGACUAUAUUCUUUCUUUGAAUAUUCCACUACAUGAAGCUACUAACAAAGAAGAACUUGCAGCCUUCCAAAAACUGAAAGCAGAAGGGGUUUCAAAAGGGAAAGAUGUAUCAAGUGAAGAAAUUGUACGCCCACGAGUACCUCUAGAGGCAUGUCUAGCUAGCUUUUCAGCUCCGGAGGAGAUACAGGAUUUUUACAGCACUGCUUUGAAUGCUAAGACAACGGCUGAGAAGACUGCUGGUUUAACUUCAUUCCCUGAAUAUCUGGUAUUACACAUGCGGAAAUUUGUUAUGGAGGAAGGAUGGGUGCCUAAAAAGCUUGAUGUCUAUAUAGAUGUUCCUGAUGUCAUAGAUAUCAGUCACAUGCGAAGCAGGGGCCUUCAACCAGGGGAGCAGUUGUUGCCAGAGGGUGUUUCUGGGGGUGAGGUGGAAGCAAAUAAGAUUGUGGCUAAUGAGGAUAUUGUCUUCCAGCUUCGCUCGAUGGGGUUCAACCAUCUUUACUGUCAGAAAGCUGCUAUAAAUACCUUUAACACUGGAGUAGAAGAGGCAAUGAAUUGGUUACUUUCUCACAUGGAUGAUCCAGACAUAGAUGCUCCUAUUUCUCAAGAGGGGACUGAGAUCGUUGAUCAAUCCAAAAUUGAUACUUUGAUCUCAUUCGGAUUUCAAGAGGAGAUUGCUCGAAAAGCACUCAAGGCGUCGGAUGGUGACAUUGAGAAAGCAACAGAUUGGAUAUUCAACAAUCCUGAUGCUUCUGCUUCAUCUGAUAUGGAUGCCACUACUCCAAGCACCACGUCUACCGCAGAUGAUACCGUACUUCCUGAUGGAGGAGGGAGAUACAAGCUUUUCGGAAUAGUGAGUCAUAUGGGAACCUCUACUCAGUGUGGUCAUUAUGUUGCUCAUAUCCUUAAAGGUGGGAAAUGGGUAAUUUUCAAUGAUGAUAAGGUUGGGGUUUCUGUAAACCCGCCGAAGGACAUGGGAUAUUUGUAUUUUUUUGAGAGGCUUGACGACUAGACAGAGACACUUAGAAAUCUCACUGUUAGUUAGGAAAAAAUAACAUUCAGCAGCAGAAUUAUUUUAAGCAUCUUAUGGCGAUGCGUUUUUCUGGCCCUUGGCUCUGUUGGCAAUUCUUAAUCUGUCGGCCUGAUUGCUAUUUUGCAACUUUUGAAUGUCAUUUAAAUUCCUUUUCCCAUAUUCAUUUUGUUUAAUUAAAAAAUGAAAAUAAAUUGUUAUA